AUGGCCUGUGACGAAUUGGUUGUCACCUCUCUUCCGUUGCCGAGAGAAACGGGCCUCUGGGUCCGACACAAGGAAGCAGGCAAGCUCGAACAGCCGAGAGCAACGACGACUUCGGACCGACACAAGAAGCCAGUCCAGUUCAGACGGCUGAGAGCAACGAAGUCUUUGGUCGGACGCAAGGAAACAGUCCUGCUCGGACAGGCGAGAGCAACGACGUCUUUGGGUCCGACACAAUUUGGGCCCGACACAACGAAGCAGUCCAGCACGGAAAACUUUUCUCCCAGUCACGUGGGCGAUGAUGUUACGCACCAUUCUUUCGGGCUGCUGGCCGUCGGACUCGUGGUGUGA